CAUUUUUUCCCACUCCAAAUCGAACUGUAAUUAUUACGUGACGUCAUAUUCGUGCGCAAUUAGCGCAAUUAUAUAUUCUAUUCCGGCGGUGUUCAAAAGAGAAGAAAGUUUAGGUACCUUGCUAAAUAGAAUGCCGCGGAAAUACGAUAAGAAAACAAAGGCUAAUUUUCGCGCUGGCCGGCGAAACUCAAGGCGCCUUAGCAUGCGAGUGAACAUGGUAUCACCUGUCCUUUCCAUGUUUGAUGAUGAAUUUGAUCCUGCCAUUGAUGAUACCAUGUUGAUGCUAAAAGCAAGAGGAAUGGAUCGCGAAAGAGAGCGUUUCGCAGAGGCUUUAACAGAAGUACGGGACAGAAUUUCCAAGAUUGUGGAUGACUAUGACGCAAUGCUGGAAGAAUCAGCUCACAUUUAUAAAGAUUAUAUUGAUGAACUACAGGAGCAGGUAUCCGUUAUGCCUGGGAGUAAGUUGAAGCACAAUAUUCUACGAAUACUGUCAGACUAUAAAUUUGUGUGUGCGGAGAGAGAAGAGCUUUUACACGCACUGCAAGAGAGUAUGGAUGCACAAAAGAACUGCAUGAAAGAGGUAAAGUCUCUCAUUCGACGUAUACGUUCCAAGAGAGAGAUACCAGCAUAUUUUGACGAUGAUGAUGAAUUUGAUUUUUACACAUCCGACCUUUGCCUUCGAGAUUAUACCAAAACAUUAAGAUGGUUUUCGGAAAAAUUCAAGGAUAUGGAUGCCAAAGUGUGCAUGCUGAAGAAGCGUGAGUCGAAAGGGGAUAAAAAGAGAUCGAAGAAGGAAAAACAAAAAGAAAAAGCCAAAGCUGUUGAGAAUGUGGCGGAGAAGUUGGAACCGGCGAACAGCAAGGAGCGUCUUGACACAUGGAAGUACGCUGCAGAAGAAAUAGUUGAUCUGUUGAAGACAGUUCGUCAAGAAGGAGAAGGAGGUAAAGAUAUCCUGGCCGGCGAGUUACAAAAAAUCAGUAAUAUUAUGAGCAAACAAAACGAAGAGAUACAAAAGAAAACGGAUAUGUUGCAAAAAGAAAAGGAGGCAACUCUUAGAAUGAAGAAGAAUCGCGAUAGGUUGCAGCUUCAGAUACGAACUUUGGAAGACAGACUCAAGGCUAAGCAAGACGAAGUUACAAACUGCAAACAGUAUAUCCAAGACAUCGUCAAGAAAAUGAAGAACGCUCCAGGCGAAAUUAAAUUUUCUCUUGAAGACGUGGAUGAAGAUGAUUUACAGGAUGAGUUACCAACAGUAAUGAGAAGACGAUUCACCCUAACAGAAUCAUCUUUGGAAGACGAUUUUGCAAAGAUGAAAAUGAAGGAUGCUCAAAAAAAAUCGAACGAUCUACAAGAGGAAAAUUCAAGAUUACAAGGAGAGGUGACAAAAUUGGGAGAGGCUUUAGUUCAAAAGGACAGAGAAUUUGCAGAGUUGAAGUCAAUGUUUAGUGAAGGUGUAGGAUUACCAUGCCCAAAAUGUCAGAGAUUGACUGGUACACCUGGUUCGGAAAAUGACUCACUAACCCCAGAAAAGGAACAAUUGGAAGUUUUGGAGCAGAAGUUGCGGGAAAGUGAAUCAAAACUAGAAUCUACAGUGGUGGAACUAGCCAGAAUGCGAAUAAACCUGGCUUCAUCGGGAGUAAUCUUACCCAGUUUCGUCAAUGUCAGCAGUCAAACACGAGCAAGUGACGACCAAAUAUCGAAUGAGGACGAAUCGGACCGAUAUGGCUCUUCUUAUUCCAGUUUGAACGAGGAAAUGGAAGCACCAAGAUCUGAAAGUAGUUUAGUUGAGUUUGUCAUUACAGAACCAUCGCCAUUUUUAGAAAAUAGCGUAGAUGAAGCAGAGGUGACUCCUCAGGAAGUCAAAAGAAGUAGCAAGAAGCGCAAGACAAGAAAACAAGAAAAGGGGGGUGAAAAGAGUAAAAAAACAACACCGAGAAAGGAUCAUUCUAGAAAGCCAACAGCCCGUCGUGAACCUCACUCUGAGUUAGAGGCUAGAAACGACGAUGAGAUUGCCGUUCACGAGCAACAAGAGACCAGAGAAGAAACUGAUAGGGACCUUGCCGAAAGUAGGAAUAUAUCCUCAAAGAAAAGUAUCAAAAUGGAAAACAAGGCAGUUCAAACUAUCCAUGCCGGAGGCACUAGUUCUGUUUUUGGUCGUAGUCCGCUAGCUCGGGAUGUUGCAGGCUCGAUACCUGGCAGCAUAGCGGAUGCAAGGGAACGUAUGGAUGACUUGAGAGAAGAAAUAGCUUCUUUAACUGAUGGGAAAAUAGAAUUGGAUGACACUGGAUGGAGAGGACGAUUGCAAAAGCUCUGCAAAAAUAUUGAGGAAAUGCUCGACGAGACUAAGGCAGGAGGACAACUGGAGCGAGUGCUAUCCUCUAAAAUAACAGGAGAGAAAAUGAAGGGCGCAGUCGCAGGAGAUAACCGCCAUGAUUUUCGUAUUACUGAAGGGGAAAUUCCCCAGUACGCAUCAAAGAAAAGGAAGAGUAUUUUUAUGCGUUUGGUGGAGAACAACUAUGAAAAAAGAGGGAGCCUCAUGCCGGAUGUCGCUGCUCCCAUCCAAGAUACCUUUGGACGGUACAGCCGUGCCAGAAGCAUCCACACUCCUCAAUACAUGAAUAUUAUUGAGGAACCGGAUACGGAUGAUCAAAAGACCGGAUUGCCUGCUCAGAAGCGACCUAAGACAAGCAAAUAUUCAUCACAUGAUACUCCUGCAAAAAGCGACAUUCCGAAACAAACUGCACCGAGAUUGGAGAAAAGCAAGAAGUCGCAUCACGACGUACAACAUUCAGGAGAGCAAGUUGGAAAAUCCGAGAAACAAACAACAGGAGGGCUCAAACAAACCCCACCUAAACAUUCCGACUCGCACCCUCCAAGUCAUCCUAAAGAUGACAUGAAGGGGAAAGUAAGAAGACAGAGUUUAACAUUCAGUGGAGAAGAUGAAGUCAACGCACGAUACAGCAAACCAUUUGGACUUCGUCGACGAAGUGUUUUUGGCCACGCAGGUGUUAUAGAAAAAUUAGCUUCUGCGACGGGUUUGGACAAUGCUGGACUAUCAGGGGAGAGCAAAUAUUUAGAUGGAGGACAAACAUACCAGCGAAAUGACGGAUAUUAUGAUGGCCAACAAGAUGAAUUUAUCAGGGCUCUCAGCCGCGGUCGAGGCGAUGGUUAUAGAACAAGUGAUCCUAGUACGCCUGAAAGAGGUUUUGAUGAAAACCAUUUAAGGUAUAGAAAGAUGAGUAGAGGAAGGUUUCGUCCGUCAAUGCAUCCCUUCAUUGGCUUAAGUGAAGAAGACCGAGCAAGCUUGACAAACAUAUACAACACGAGGCAAAACGCCGGCAGUAGAUUUGGUAGAAGAACUUCGGACUAUGACGAAGAUGAAUCGGAAAUCGAAGUUGGCACAUUAAUGAGCGAUUUUCGUAGAGACAGUUUAAGAAAGGCAUUUCUUAGUUUGGGUUUGAUGCAUCUUAAGGGACGUGGUGAUGAUGUGAAAGCAGACGAACGUCUUACAAUGGAGGAUCAAGUAAACAUCGUGGCAGAAAUGGCAAUGGAAGUAUUGAAGGCCACAUGUGAUGUAUUUUCGAAGACUCGUAGACAAUCCCAUCCAAUUCCUAACCAACAAUAUUUUAAAAAACCCGAUGAGGAGGAUGAAUUGGAGAGGAUCAGAGGAAUCCAGUCACCAGCUAUACUUCCACCAGUGAAUUCGCCGGAAAACAGGCCGCUUAUUUUCGAAGAUGAACCGAAAGAUGAUCCUGACAAGAAAAAUAAAGAGAUAUCUUUGCCAGAAAUACCCUCGGAAAGUCCAGCAAAGCCAGUUGAACAAGAGACUCCCUCCGUAUACGGAAGGAAGCCAGACGCAAUGAGAAGGUCUCGGCAAGGAAGUGAACAAAAACAAAGAGAUUUUUUGGCGAAUUACGCAGCAAAACGACGAAGCGUAAACCGUUCUCAUCCGUUUCGAAACUUCAAUGCGCGUAAGACUGUUAUGGAGAGAAUCUUAGGCAGCAAAAUGAGUGCCCUUGGAAAUGUAUUGGGACAGGAAAAUUUUAGAUAUGGCGCUAUGCGAACACACAGAAAUUCAUUAUCAAGAAGACCAGUUACCGGUGAUGAAAACGCAUUUUCGUUAACAGCACAAGCAAUUAAAUUACCAAGCACAAGUCCUCAUUCCAGUUUUCAUCCCAUUGCUCAGCCAACGCUUCGAAAGGGGAUACCAAAGAGUCCUUCUGUUGGUGCACAGGGCCUCUCAGGAGGUGGAGCUUUAUCGUUCUCGUCAUCUAUCGCUAAAGCAAAGUCUGAUCAAACCCAUAACAGAUUAUUCAUUGGCUCUAAAAAUCGGGAAUCAUCAAAAUGGCCAGCAGGUAAACUACGACACACUGGUAUUCGAAAAAGACUUUAAUUACGAUGCUUGUUCAAUUUUGAAAAUUUUCAUUAAAAAAUGUUUCAAGAAGUAGGAUAAUAACGCAAUACAACACCGGCCAUACAGGAUUGAACUAAUCUUUUAAAAUGGUUAGUAAAACUUCGUUUCCAAGCAAUGCAAAUGUAAUCUUCGGAAGGCCUCCCAACACGAGAAAAAUUUAGCGACAGUUCAAAUUGGGCAGAUUUAGAAUAAGGACAGGAACAUCAAAGAACUCGAACAACGUGAAAAUGGCGAGUAACUAGCGUGACAAGUCCAUAAAUAUAGGCGCAAUAGCGCGUCACGCCAAUUGUUCGCCAUUGUCCUUAUCCACGUUCAAAUUCUCAUGCUAACUGCUAAGUCUGUGUAUUAAUUUAGAACAGUCAUGUGAAUUUUUAUCCAUACCAGAAAAAGACCACACAGAGGCAUUGCGGUCUUCGUGCAUAUCGGUUGCUACGCCUUAUCCGUUAGGCCACGAAGUCUGCCUCUGGGUUGUGGUAGCUAUAGAAUCUUUAAUGGAGAUGCAAGAUAUAUAGCGUGUCUAAAAAAACGAAAACUAUUGAAAUCAAGUUCGCGAAUUUCAGCC